UGAACUUGCGUAGUACAACCAACCACAUGGUCCAGCACCAAUAAUGUCAAUCUGCUUCGUGACACUCGGACAUCAGUGCACAGAUUUUCUUAAACAUUCAAGAGAUGAUUCAACCCUAGACACAUCCUCUGGAAAUUAGAGCUGAAGAUUUCUUUGAUUUUUUUGAAAGCAAUCUGGAAUAGAAAAGACAAUGCCAGGAUCUGUGAAGCUGCGCAGCAUUAAGAGGAUCGGACAGGAGAACGAUGGCUAUGAGUUUUCUGAUGGAGAGCAAGAUGCUGAUUACAUGACAAUUGCAUCUUCCAAAAAGCAGAACAAGUUCAAACCAGGGCAGAAGAAGGAAGAAGCAGCCAUCCGUGUUGGGUUUUUUCAGCUGUUUCGCUUUGCUACAUAUCAGGAAAUCUUGAUGAUGAUUGGUGGGAGUUUGUGUGCCAUAAUACACGGCUCUGCCCAGCCGCUCAUGCUGCUCGUGUUUGGACUGCUGACCGACACAUUCAUUAACUACGACAUCGAGCUGAAUGAGCUGCAGGAUCCGGCCAAACACUGUCUCAAUAACACUAUACAGUGGAAGAACCUCACAGCCGAGAAAAACUUGGAGCUCAAUAUGACCAGAACCUGCGGGUUAUUAGAUAUAGAGCGCGAGAUGACUACCUUUGCUUACUACUACGUUGGUAUUGGGUGUGCUGUCUUCCUGCUCGGAUACAUACAAAUCUCUCUGUGGGUGUCAAGCGCCGCUCGACAGAUCCAAAUGAUCCGGAAGCUCUACUUCGGCAAAGUCAUGAGGAUGGAGAUCGGCUGGUUCGACUGCAACUCUGCGGGUGAACUAAACACUCGCAUGUCCGACGAUAUCAAUAAGAUCAAUGACGCCAUAGCGGAUCAGGUGGGAAUCUUCGUUCAGCGCUUCACCACCUUCGUCUGCGGCUUCCUCAUGGGCUUUGUAAAGGGAUGGAAGCUGACACUGGUCAUCAUCUCUGUGUCUCCGCUAAUCGGAGUGGGAGCUGGACUUAUGGCUUUGUUUGUGGCUAAGCUAACAGGUUGGGAGCUGCAGGCCUAUGCUAAAGCAGGCGCUGUGGCAGACGAGGUCCUGUCCUCCGUUCGUACAGUGGCAGCCUUCGGUGGAGAGAAGAAAGAAGUGGAAAGGUAUGACCGUAAUCUGAUCUCAGCUCAGCGCUGGGGCAUUAGGAAAGGUCUGAUCAUGGGAUUCUUCACCGGCUACAUGUGGUUUAUUAUAUUCCUCUGUUAUGCGCUGGCAUUUUGGUACGGCUCAAGUUUAGUUGUUGACUCAGAAGAGUACAGCCCUGGAACCCUGCUUCAGGUGUUUUUUGGGGUGCUUAUUGCCGCUUUAAACCUGGGACAGGCAUCUCCUUGUCUGGAGGCCUUUGCUUCAGGUAGAGGUGCCGCUACUAUCAUCUUUGAGACCAUUGACCGUGAGCCAGAGAUCGACUGCCUGUCUGAGGCUGGCUACAAGCUGGACAAGGUGAAAGGAGAUCUGGAAUUUCACAAUGUUACCUUCCACUAUCCCUCGAGACCAGAAGUGAAGAUCCUGGAUCAGAUGAAUCUACAGGUGAAGUCUGGGGAGACCACAGCUUUCGUGGGGCCAAGUGGAGCAGGCAAAAGCACAGCUGUGCAGCUCAUUCAGCGCUUCUAUGAUCCCAAAGAGGGCAUGGUCACUCUGGACGGUCAUGAUAUACGAGGUCUGAAUAUCCAGUGGCUCCGUUCGCUCAUCGGCAUUGUGGAGCAGGAGCCAGUUUUAUUUGCCACAACCAUCGCUGAGAAUAUUCGCUACGGGCGACCCGGUGUAUCUGACAGCGACAUCAUCAAAGCCACCAAAGAUGCAAACGCCUACAACUUUAUAAUGGACUUACCACAGAAAUUUGACACGCUGGUUGGUGAAGGUGGUGGACAGAUGAGUGGUGGCCAGAAACAGCGAAUUGCGAUCGCUCGAGCCCUGGUGCGAAAUCCCAAAAUCCUUCUCCUAGACAUGGCAACAUCUGCACUUGACAAUGAGAGUGAAGCUGUUGUGCAGGAAGCUCUUGACAAGGUCCAAAUGGGUCGUACCACCAUUUCCAUCGCCCACCGUUUGUCGACAAUUAAGAACGCAGAUGUGAUUGUGGGAUUCGAGCAUGGGCGAGCUGUAGAGAGAGGCAAACAUGAUGAGCUGAUGAACAGAAAGGGCGUUUACUUCACUCUUGUCACUCUACAGAGCCAAGGAGACAAAGCUCUCAACCAGAAGUCCCAAAAGAUGGAAGAAAAGGCCGCUGAUGAACCUGAAGCAGAGAAGUUAUCUCGAGCAGGAAGUUAUCGCGCAAGCCUAAGGGCCUCCAUUCGUCGUGGGACUAAAUCACGUUUGUCCAACAUUAUUCCAGAAUCCUCAGUGCCGAUUGCUGGGGAACUCGGUCCCCGCUCCUACUCUGAAUCCUAUGUCUCCCAGGAGUUCAGUAAAAAGAGCACCAUUCCUGAAGAUGAUGAUGAUGAUGAGGAAGUAGAACCAGCUCCUGUGGCUCGAAUUCUGAAGUACAACGCUCCAGAAUGGCCUUACAUGGUUUUUGGGUCUCUUGGUGCAGCUGUUAAUGGAGGAGUCAAUCCAGUGUACUCUUUGCUUUUCAGCCAGAUCCUGGCAACAUUUUCCAUGCCUGAUCCUGAUGCCCAGAGGAGAGAGAUUGAUGGAAUCUGUUUAUUCUUUGUGUUGGUUGGAGUGAUCACUUUUUUCACACAGAUGCUGCAGGGUUAUGCAUUUUCGAAAUCUGGGGAGCUGCUGACACGUAGAUUGAGGCGCAUGGGUUUCCAAGCCAUGUUAGGCCAGGAGAUUGGCUGGUUUGAUGACCACAGGAAUAGCCCAGGUGCUUUGACCACUAGACUGGCCACUGAUGCUUCUCAAGUCCAGGGAGCGACUGGCUCACAGAUUGGAAUGAUUUUGAACUCUCUGACAAACAUUGGCGUGGCCAUCAUUAUCUCCUUCUACUUCAGCUGGAAGCUCAGCUUGGUCAUUAUCUGCUUUCUGCCUUUCCUUGCUCUUUCUGGAGGCUUUCAGGCCAAGAUGCUGACCGGCUUCGCAAAGCAGGACAAGCAAGCCAUGGAAGCAGCUGGUCAGAUAUCCGGUGAGGCGCUGAACAAUAUCCGCACCAUCGCAGGUCUGGGUAAAGAGCGCAAGUUUGUGGAGAUGUACGAAGCUCAGCUUGAGGCACCCUACCGGGCUGCACUGAAGAAGGCUAAUGUAUAUGGUGCCUGCUAUGGAUUUGCUCAGUGUAUAGUUUUCCUGGCAAACUCAGCAUCUUAUCGGUUUGGUGGAUAUUUGGUGCGCCAGGAGGGUCUUCAUUUCAGUUUGGUUUUUAGGGUCAUCUCUGCCGUCGUAACCAGUGGAACAGCUCUGGGCAGAGCAUCAUCAUACACACCUGAUUACGCCAAAGCAAAGAUUUCUGCAGCUCGCUUCUUCCAGCUGCUUGACCGUGUUCCCAAGAUCAGUGUCUACAGUGACAAAGGCGACAAAUGGGCUGAUUUCCGAGGAGAGAUUGAGUUUAUAGACUGUAAGUUCACCUACCCAAGCCGGCCAGAUAUCCAGGUUUUGAAUGGUCUUAGUGUAAGUGUGAAGCCUGGUCAGACUCUUGCUUUUGUGGGCAGCAGUGGCUGUGGUAAGAGUACAAGCGUCCAGCUGCUCGAGAGAUUUUACGACCCAGACUUAGGACGAGUGCUAAUCGAUGGACAUGAUUCCACUUACAUCAACGUUCCUUUCCUGCGAUCUAAGAUCGGGAUCGUUUCCCAAGAGCCAAUUCUGUUUGACUGCAGCAUUGCGGAGAAUAUUCGCUAUGGGGAUAACCAGAGAGAGCUCAGCAUGAAUGAUGUCAUCUCUGCAGCCAAGAAAGCCCAGCUCCAUGACUUUGUCAUGUCUCUUCCUGAGAAAUAUGACACAAAUGUGGGCUCUCAAGGCUCACAGCUCUCACGCGGUCAAAAGCAACGCAUUGCCAUCGCCAGGGCAAUCAUACGAGACCCUAAAAUCCUGUUGCUGGAUGAGGCUACAUCAGCCCUGGACACUGAAAGUGAGAAGACAGUACAAGAGGCUUUGGACAAAGCGAGGGAGGGCCGUACCUGUAUCGUCAUUGCCCACCGGCUCUCCACCAUCCAGAACUCUGACAUCAUAGCGGUGAUGUCACGAGGCAUCUUGAUCGAAAAGGGCACGCAUGAUCAGCUCAUGGCCUUGAACGGAGCUUAUUACAAGCUGGUCACGACUGGAGCUCCGAUCAGCUAGUUGCUUAUGUUGCUUAUGAGUCCCAAAAAGUUACGCUAAUGUAUAAAGAAUGUGUAUUAUUUAUAUUUGUGAGAUUAAGGAAAUAGAGUUGUGGCUUUAUGACCUGUUCUUUCACAAAGAUGUCACUGAUCCAAAGGCUAAAUUCAUCUAAUUUGAGAUAGAACUAUGAAUGACAUAGGGAAUGUGCCUUAUUUAAUUUACUGUUGUUAUGUUUGUACAGAAUUAAAAAAUUGUAACCUUUA